AUGGCGCCUACCAAGGACCAGCCCGUCUCCUUUGACGCCAUUAUUCAACGCGGCCGCCAGCAGCAGAAGAGGGAGGCUCUUGCGAACGAGAUCUUGGGCUCAGGCCGCAGGAAGAGCGCGCCAGGCGCCGCUGCCCAGAACAACAGCAGUAACAACCGCAAGGGCGCCGCCGGAGGCAGUCUGGCCAGUCGCAUGGGCGUGACCAAGCACUCCGCUAUCCCGAAGCCAAACAUCAACAACACUCGCUGGGGCCACGACCUUCACCAUAUGAACAACCCGCGCACAUCCCGUUUCGCAAAGCUCCCUCGUGCUCAGUCGGCGUCCCGCCUCGAGCGCGGCAACCGCCUGUACCAGGAGCUCCGCGCGGAGCCAUCGCCCAACGGAUCCCACAACCAGACCGCCCAGACCAAAGGUGCAAGUGGCAUCAGCAUCCGUGGCGCUGCCCAGCCCACUGGCUGGACUGUUGUUGCAAGCAACUUUGCGCCUGGUACCACUGCUGCCGACAUCGAGGCUGUCAUGACUCCCAUUGGCGGAGAGAUGCUGGGUUGCAGGCUUACCAGCUCUCACCCAACUGUCAUUGCCGAGAUGCAGUUUGUAGAGAAGAGCGGUGCUGACAACGUUAUCAGCAUGUUCAACAACCGCAAGGCUGACGGCAGGCUUCUGUACGUCUUCAUGAAGGAGAGCGGUCCUAGCCCCAUUAUGCCGGGCCAGCGUUCCGGAUACCAGCCCCCAAAGACCGCUGAAAACCGUGAUGGUAUGGACGUUGACGAGGAUGACAUGGAUAGGAGGGAGCCCGAGAGGACUAACAGGCGUGCGGAGCCUGAGUACCAGGAUGGUAGGUACGGCUUCCCCGACAAUGGUGGUCGUGACAACUACAGGCGCGACGACCGCUGGGACAACCGCAGGAGUGAGGGCCGCCUGUACUCUGACAACAUGAGGCGCAACGACCGCGGCUACCGCCGCUGA